AUGGCAGAGCUGCUUCACUUUCCCGCAGAGGAUGGGGCCAAACUGGAGUCCUAUCUCCCGCCUCGCCAAUCUGCCGUCUCGUCACCAGUGGACCGUUCACGUCCAUUUGUCACACUGACUUUUGCCACGUCGCUCGACUCGUCCCUGGCACUCGCGCCCGGAGUGCGUACCGCGCUGUCUGGGCCCCAGUCCAAGGCCAUGACACAUUAUCUGCGAAGCCGCCAUGACGCAAUUCUCGUUGGCGUGGGCACCGCCGUGGCCGACGACCCCGGUCUCAACUGCCGCAUUGCCGAUCACGACACGGGGGCCACUGUCUCGCCCCAUCAGCCACGGCCGAUUGUCAUUGAUCCCCACGACCGCUGGCCGCUUACGCACGAUAGCCGGGUGCUGGCCACGCAGCGUCGCGGCCUCGGACUGGCUCCCUUUAUCGUGACGGCUGUCCGAAAACCAGACGUUAUCAAGAGCGCUCUUCUCGAAGCCCACGGUGGCAAGUACAUUGUUCUUGGAACCGAGGGCGACGAGGAGAGCUCACCCCGUUUCCGCUGGGGCGAUGUGCUUGCCAGCAUCGCCAGCAACGGCCUUGAUAGCGUCAUGAUCGAAGGUGGAGGGAGCAUCAUCAACGACCUGCUGGCCCCGCACAACAGCCACCUCGUCGAUUCUGUCAUUGUCACCAUCGCCCCGACGUGGCUGGGUCGCGGCGGCGUGGUCGUGUCGCCCGACCGGGUCUACGAUUCUAACCAUCAAGCAACGGCUGCGGCACGGCUCUCGGAUGUCAAAUGGCAGCCGCUGGGCGACGACGUUGUAUUGUGUGGCAGGCUACUCAGCUGA